GAGUGCCUCUAACAGCGUGGAGAUCUCUGGUUAUGCCUGUGGAUACCUGGCCUCCAUAUUCUACCUCUCCUCUCGUUUUCCACAGCUCUACAAAAAUUUUAAGCGGCAGUCUACAGAGGGUACGUCGUACAUGCUGUUUGCCCUGGCCAUGAUGGGCAACGGGACCUACGGGCUCAGUAUCAUUGUGGUUCUACCAGCUCUGGCCGGCUCCAAACAGACCUUCAUCCUCAAACAUCUGGCCUGGCUCAUCGGCAGCCUGGGAGUCCUCCUCCUAGACUUCUUUGUCACCGCCCAGUUCAUCAUCUAUAGGAAGAACCGCUCCGAUAAAACCAGCAAGAAGAUGAAUGUUCCUGAAGUAGAACCUCUGCUCUGUGAAGAGGAGGAGCUGUCCACGUUCUAGAGUGAGAACGUUAUGGAAGUUCUAGAGUGAGAACAUUAUGGAAGUUCUAGAGUGAGAACAUUUUGGAAGUUCUAGAGUGAGAACAUUUUGGAAGUUCUAGAGUGAGAACAUUUUGGAAGUUCUAGAGUGGGAACAUUGUGGAAGUUCUAGAGUGGGAACGAUUGUGGAAGUUCUAGAGUGCGGAACAAUUGUGGAAGUUUCUAGAGUGGGAACAUUGUGGAAGUUCUAGAGUGGGAACAUUGUGGAAGUUCUAGAGUGGGAACAUUGUGGAAGUUCUAGAGUGGGAACAUUAUGGAAGUUCUAGAGUGUGCUCAAUAAGAUCAUUCUUGAAAUCCUCUCCAUAAUCAAUCAAUCAAUCAAAUGUAUUUAUAAAGCCCUUUUUACAUCUACAGAUGUCACUUAGUGAUAUAUAUAAAAUCAGCCUAAAACCCCCAAACAGCAAGCAAUGCAGAUGUAGAAGCACGGUUGCUUGGAAAAACUCCCUGUUGACUGGAGACCUGGAAUAAUCCGACAGAUAUGAUAGUACACCAAUGUUCCCUCCGCUGAAGUACAGGUGAAUUAAAGGGGGUGUCUUAUAUUUGAGAAAUGUAAUCUCAGAACUAUUCUCUCUCUCUUUGUAGGGGGGUCAUGUGAUCUAUUCACUAUGCUAUUUCCUAGUACACUGCAGGACUAUUGCCUGUGUCCGUGUCUCACAUUGCUCUAGUCUAGUUUGUCAACGGUUAGAGCUCUUGUGUUUUCCAGGAUAAGAUAUGCAAUACACUUUGAACUGUUCACGCAGCGUUAUCGUCUAGUUAAACCGUACAGUAGGGGACCACACCAGUGGUUGUUCCUGUAUGUAGGUUUAAAAAUGUCAUACAUUGUACUAGUGGUGUGUCGCAAAGUAGUGGGCUGCACCCACAGUGAUGUAUUUUACACUUGUGGUGAAUUUGUUAUAGUUUACCCUGGUUUUGUUCUAUGAGCAGAUUCUGUCGUAAUUGAAUCCCUAUAUAAGUUCUAGUUGGUAAAUUGCAUGGAGUGUUACACAGUGUUUAGAUUGUGAAUGUGCAGUGGGUUAGGCCUGAUAUCCUGUGCCUUGCAUCUACAUCUAGUAAUGUGUUGCUGCAGUGGAGUGCUGAUGUGUUCAGGCUGCUGCUUUUAAAACCAACAGUUCUUCGGCUGAAAUCGAACCGUUUUAACUGAACAGCCUGUUUUCCUUAUCUCCUCUCCUUAUCUCCUCUCCUUAUGUUAUGGCCCAGUCAUUUUACUUUCAGUGUCCACAAAGGAAGGGAGGAAGGAGGGUUUUCACAGUAUUGAGUCACAGCCUUGAGCAUUGAGUUCACCCCUUAUUUUGGAGUUGUGUCCAGGGGUGUGUUCACUAGGAACCAAAUGGAACAAAACGGGGAAGGGGCCUAUCUGAAUUUGUCCAAUAGAAACUCUCGUUUUCGUUGCAAAAUGUUUUCGUUUAGAGUAAGCGUUUUGAAACGGAAACCGUUUAAGACUAAUGAAUACACCCCAGUCUUCUAUGUGUGUAGUCACAUGUUCAGAAAGCGGAGGAUCAAGUUUGUGUGGGAACUGGGACCGUUUUAUAAGUUGAUGUGUCAUAACUUGGUAACAUGGAGUCAUGAUGAGGGAAUAGAACUACUAGAGACCAAUGAUUCGUUACGUUUUUGUACAGGUCACAUCACUGUUGUUAGUGUGUCAUGGAUGUGAUUGGUCGAUUGACAGCACAGAUUUCUCUACCUCGUCUUUCAGUGAGGGGGUUUGUUUAUCUGGCCCAGGUUACCCCUGGUGGGAGGAGUUUGAGCUGGGUGAAAAGGGAUUGUAUUCGUUUUGGAAACGGGCUGCCCCCUGGGUGUGAGCCAGUGGUCACCGGUGAAGUCGGCUCAAAAUAAAAGUGACGUAAUUAAGCACGUGGAAAGAUAAGUAGGAUUCUGUUUUCACAUGCUAAAGUGAUAGUUUAAAAAAAAAAAAAAUCUAAAGAAUUCUGUCUUUGCAUAGAAAACUAGUUUGAUAAUUCAAAAAUUUGUAUUUGAUGGAAAAUAGAUGUAUGUUUCUGGAUGAUGCACUGUGCUGCCUUGUUGACAUGACCGAGUGGCUCAGAUUACUGUUUGAUUUGAGAAGGGCGCUCCUGCAUCACCGCUAUUUCACCCGAUGACGUGAUGGGCCAUUGCCCGGUUCAACCUGGGCCAGUGUAAUAAAAUUCCCUCAGUGUCAUAGGAGUCGUCCCUGGUGAAAAUGUAAAUAUGUAUCUAGUUAAGUGUUGGAGAUAUAUAAAUAAAGGAGUGCUUGUGUUUUGUUUUUUUAAGAGCGCAAACAUGACAAAACAUGAUGUGACUAAGUAUUUAUUGGUAGAGAUAGUCUAGAGUUACCGCUGGGCUUUAAUAAGCACAGUUGUGAUUGGUGGACUUUCCAUGUGAAAAAUAAGGAGUAUUUCUACUUUUACGUGACGUAUUGAAAAAGCUCAAAAUGUGGUCUUUGGGAAAAUAGCUGUUUACAAAAUGGCUGUCCAGCAAAUGAUUGUGGCCAUGAACGAAGAGAAAUUAUGAUGCCACUUAUUUUCUCUGAUAAACCUGUAGAUAGUUGCAGAUUUUGUUGAUUAUUUUAAAGGUAAUUAUCGGUUGUUUCAGACUAACUUUUUGCCUUUCUCUUGAUAAAUUAAGUUUAAUUCUGGUUUGCUCAAAGCCUGGCCUCUCUUCAAUGUGUUUUCUAUAGACAUUUUCCAAACCAUAGAAUGAAAUAAUGAGAUUUAUUUACAGUCUCAAGAACAAGGAAAAUUUAUGAAAUUAUUUUUACUUGAAUAAUGACACACUGUAUUGCUCUUUUAAGAUACACAUGUAUUUAUAUUUAUACUUAAGAUAACAUGGUAUUGUAUUUUCCUUAUGCUUUGGCCUGUACGUUCCUUCCAAUAUUUAUCUCAUUGACGAUAAUGUCCCAGUAUCUCAGCUUUUGUAGUUCAUUGUACACAAGUUCAGCAUUCCAAUAUGAUGCUGAUGUAACAAACAUCUCAAUAAAGUCCAGAUUAUAUCCAA